AUGAACAUUAAUGUUAGAAAUGGAACGAGAGAAUUUUUCUGUGAGCCAUGGCUUGGAUCAAGCUCUGCGGGAUUAUUUAGAGGAGAUGACCCGUUGAAGUAUUCGACUCCUCUUCUUCUUCUUCUCAUUUCCCUCGUCUCUUCUCUCUCUUCCUUCUUCCAAGUUCUCCUCCUUCCUCUCGGAAACGUCGACUUUGUCACUCAAAUUCUGGCUGGGAUAUUCUUAGGGCCCUCAGCUUUGGGGCAAAACAUAGAUUUAGUAAGAAGAUUUUUCAACACAAGAAGCGUCUUCAUAAUCGAAUCAUUAGAGGCGAUAGCCUUCAUGUUCAUCUCAUAUAUAAGCACAGCUCAAGUAGACAUGGGAGUUAUAAAGCGAGGAGGGAAGCUCGCAAUCAUCAAUGGUUUAUCUCUUUUUCUAUUUCCGUACGUGGUUGGCUCUAUAGCAGGUAGCGUCAUCUCGAGCAACAUACGUGGAAGCGUGGCGCAAACUAAGCACAAGCAGCUUCACGAUGUGCUGACAAACGAAUCUGCAGUGUUUUUUCAAGUGGCCUAUUCGGUUUUAUCGAAUCUCAAGAUGCUAAAUUCGGAGCCCGGAAGGUUAGCCCUCUCCUCCAUUAUGGUGUCAAACUGCUUCGGCUGGGGGUUUUUCCUCGUUUUAAUUACGUUCAAUAGUUUCUUGCGACACAAGUACUCCAAGAUCACUUAUGUGCCGACCUUCACAAAGGUACUACUGAUCGUUGGUACAGUAGUUGUGUGCCGACCAAUAUUCAAAUGGAUAGAGAGAAGAACACCUCAAGGAAAGAAACUAAAGGGUUCGCAUCUAUGCAUCAUUUGCAUCAUGUUAUGCACCACCACUUUCCUGUGCGAAACCGUAGGGUUUCCUUACUUAGUGGGAUCUGUGGUUCUCGGUCUUGUCACUCCUAAGACGCCUCCUCUUGCUACUGGUCUCACCGACAAGAUCGGUUGCUUCUGUUGGGCGGUUCUGAUGCCCAUUUACGUCCUCGGAAUCGGUAACAACGUCGAUUUCUUUUCGUUUAAACGACGAGACGUCAUCAUUUUGGAGGGCCUUUUCUUUACCAUCAGUGCUGCAAAGUUUGCAUCCAUCGUCCUACCGUCGCUUUACUUCAAGGUCCCUUUAUCAGAAGCCGUGAUUGUCGGGUUCAUCGUCUCAAUACAAGGGAUCUACGAUGUCCAACUCUUCAAACAGUUGUUGAACUACAAGAAUAUAAGCCAGGAAGCAUUUGGGAUAAUGGUGGUCUCUGCAAUGGUUCACUCAACCAUUUUCACGGCCAUAGUCAAAAACCUCUACGGCUGGAUGCAGCGGAAGCACAUCACUCACCGGAGACAAACGGUUGAGCACUACGAACCAAACAAGCCGAUAAAGAUGCUCGCAUGUUACUACCACCUCGAAACCGUCCCUUCCGUGCUCACCGUCCUAGAGCUCUCUUCUUGUCCUUCCACCGACUCUUCUCUCUCCGUCGUUUCCGUCAACCUUGAAGAGCUCCACCACCAUCACGUCCCUCUCCUCAUUCAGCACCAAUCCCAUCACAACGACGACCCAUCAGCGUCCUCCAACCGCCGAGAUCAGAUCUCCAAAGCCUUCAAGAUAUUUGAAAACGGACACUCUUCUCACAAAAACGUUUCCGUGGAAUGUUUCACCGCAGUUGCCCCCAGCGAGACGAUGCAUGAGGAUGUCUGCGCGUUGGCCUUCGACAAAGAAACCGAUCUCAUCAUCAUCGCCAUCGACGGUGGAACUGCGGCGGAGCGACGUCUUUGCCGCAACGUUUUGAGCGGUUCGCCGUGCUCUGUCGCGAUUCUAUUUGACCAAGGAAGGCUUCCGGAUUUCAAGAACAUGGGAACGACGACGAUGACGAUGAUGAGAAUCAACGUCUGUGCGAUAUUCCUGGGAGGAGCAGACGACCGGGAGGCCCUGGCGUUUGCUGUUAGGAUGACGAACAACCCGUGCGUACAUCUAAACGUUCUUAAACUCAUCGACAGCGAAAGCGCAUCGCAGCUAAACGACGUUAUAGAAAGAAGGCUCGAUUUCAAAGCCAUCGAAAAGUUCCGUAAAGACACCUUCUACAAUCAAAACGUUUCCUUACGAGAGGUAAGGAUAGAGGAAGCGAGCGGUCUGGUGAGCCUACUGAGGGAAGAAGGGAGCAGUUACGACCUGAUGAUGGUUGGGAUCAGACACGAAGCGAGUUUCCAAGUGCUUCAAGGAUUAUCGGUAUGGAGCGAGAACGAGGAGCUUGGAGAGAUCGGAGAUCUUCUCAUCUCUAGAGAUCUCAACCUAGCUGCCUCUGUUUUGGCCGUACAACAACUCUCAUCCGUCUCCGAGGAAGGUUUGAUGGCAUAAAUGU